AGCCAUGCUCAGCCUCGUGAGCGCAGGGUGCGCACUGAGCACGAAAGAAGGCCGUGAUGGCCAAGUUACGCAAAGACCCGCACACUCCCACUCCCUGCCGCUCCCUGUUCGGUAUCCUUGCCCAGAGCAGAGAUGAGUCAGGCAUCGACAAGCGUCGCAAGGAGCCGAGCCCGCUGCCAUCGCCGUCGGAGAUGGGAUCGCCGAACCCCGCGGAGGCUGACGUGCCAAAAGCGAGCGAAGUUGCACGGAGUCCCAGCAUCCAAGAUGAAGGAGAGACUCUCCCAGGUGCGAAGAGAAAGCGCGGCCGCCCACGCAAGGUUCCGCCUGAGAGUGGCAAGGAAGAGCCGCGCCCGGCACGUCCGGCGCGCCCGGCGCGCCCGGCGCGCCGCCCAGCUGCCGUAGUGCCGGUUGAGGAGGUGCUCUCUGCCUUGGUCUCCGCCGAUGAGUUUCGUCCGCAGGAUGAAGAAGGAGGCCGUCCCAAACGAGCUCGAUUUCCUGUCUUGCGGGCAUGGUGCAACGAGCGGCUGGUCUACGAGCGCAAGCCGGGAUCCGUGGUGCCUACCAUCUCUGGGUGCAAACUCGUCGACGACAGCAAGGUUGAUCCGGAUGUUCCCUCUCGAAGAGGGCGGCCAAGGGGCUCGAGGAGCAAGCCUUUGCCAGACGCCGAGAGGUGCCCCUAUUGCCAGAACUGCCAGAAUGUGCCCCUUCCCAGUGUGGUAGAGGAUACCGCAGAGCCCAGUCCGCCGCACCGCACUAUGGCACCCCAGCGGUCUUUGCUGAAGGGCAGGGGUGCUCCGCGGCAUCCGCGAAAGGUGGGCUUCGCCGCCGAGACUCGCACGGUGCCCAUUGAGAGCUUCGGGCAGCUGCAUGAGCUGUGGUUCGAUCCGACCAUCACCGCCGAGUGCAACUCCUGCCACAAUCGUUUUCGCUGGGGUAAGGAGGCCAUCUUGAAGCAGGACCCCGGCAGGUCGGGCUUCGCCAGCACGGAGGUGCUGUGCCGAAGCUGCCAGCUCUCCAACGCCUUCGAGAAGUUGGGCGGUUGGUUCAUCGUGCUCUCUGCGUGCAGAGACAGCCGCGUUCCCAUCGCAAGUGAUUAUUCCAUGGAUCUUGUGGAGGAAAUCAUGGACUUGGGGCCUGCUGGCAGCAGAUGUGUGGACCCGCUGUCGGACCUGUUGGGCGAGCAGGUUUCAGAUCCACUCGCCUGGUACGGAGUGCUGCAGAAGGCACGUCACAGGCUUCCGGACUUGUUCCUGCCACCAGGAGAAGCAACGCCCUCCUUGAGAGGAGAAGCAACGCCCACCCACAGCCAAAGCCAGGAUUAUCUUCUGAGCGACGACGAGUCUUUGGCUCGAAAGGCAUCUCGAGACCACUCCUGAGUGCUUCCUGACUCGACAUGCUCGUUGGGCGAAAGGGGUGCAAGGCACCGACUUGCCUCAUCAGGC